AAAAGAACUCCAUUUCCCAGCAGCUGCUUCAUGCAGCGGUCAUUAGGGCUUUCGUCGCUAGUUCGGGUUUCCGAAGUCGCCUUCUUCAUCCGCAGGUGCUAAACAAAUGGUUUAAUUUGACAGUCGGAUAAUUUAUUUGUUGUUAAGAAGCCAUGAUGGAGGACGAACCCAGAUCCAUCCAUGAGCAAAGGUUUGAUGCUGCGGUCAAAGUGAUCCAGAGUUUACCUGCGAACGGUUCCUUUCAGCCAUCCAAUGAAAUGAUGCUGAAGUUCUACAGCUACUACAAGCAGGCGACUCAGGGCCCGUGCAACAUUCCCCGCCCGGGGUUCUGGGAUCCCGUUGGCAAAGUCAAAUGGGAUGCAUGGCACUCACUUGGAGAUAUGCCAAAAGAAGAAGCCAUGAUGGCAUACGUGGAUGACCUCAAGCUGAUUCUUGAAAGCAUGCCCAUGACUGAGCAGGUGGAACAGCUGCUGCAGGUUCUCGGACCAUUCUACGAGCUCGUGGACGAGAAGAAGAAGAUCAGCCAAGUUUCAGACCUUACUGCAGGUAUCGGGAGCAUGAUGUCGCCUCCUUCGAAAAGUGUCACGAAAAGCAUCAUCAGAACCAUGGAAAUGAACGGCACUUUGGACGGCCACGCUCCCAACAAAUCAGAUGCUCUGAUGGCCAACUCAAAAGUGCCCAAGGAGCAGGAGGACGGAGGUGAGGAUGAGGACGAAGAUGACGAUGACGGCGGAGAUGAUGAGAAUGAAGAGGAAGAAGAGAACAAACAGCUGCAAAAAGCUUCUGCCCUGAAGAAAAAGACCUCCAUGGGAAAAGCGCUUCCGAACGGCGGUAUCGAGCAUACCGUGUCUCCCGUGGUGAACGGGACACACUGCUCUAAAUCCACUCUGAAUGGAAAAGACGCGGAGGAGAAUGACGGAGAGGUCCGGCACGUUAACGGCCACACUAAAGGCCCUAGCCAUCUACGUACCCCGACAACACAGUUACAGAUAAAAGAACCUCAUCCGAUUGUGAUUUCUCUAGAUGAUAACGAAGACGUGCGCAGCGCUCAUCACGUGGCCUCCGACUCAGACAGCGAGGUUUACUGCGACUCUGUGGACCAGUUUGGUGCGGAGGAGCAGAGCUCUGAUUCUCACGUGAACCAGUCUCUGGAGAAAAGCUGCAGCACUCAGGAGGAGCUGCACUCAACAGACAGAGACUCAGAGAUCCUGCUGAGAGGACAGGACGGCGUUCAGCACGGAGGAGAAGAUGGGAAGACGAGUGGAGGAGGAGGAGGAGGAGGAGUGCAGAGAAACAGCCUGAGCAUGGGCAGACCCGGCAGCUCUCUGAUCAGGAGAGGACGAGGGUCCAGGUCUUCAGGCUCAGGGUCAGGGGUCACGGGGACGUUACAGGGUGCUGGAGGUGACGGAGAGCGCUGGGGGUCUGACGGAGCCGGAGGUGGAGAUCUGAACGAGCAGAUCGUCGCGGCUUUAACACGGCUACAGGAGGACAUGCAGAGCGUCCUGGAGAGACUGCACACACUCGAGGCUCUAACUGCCUCACAGGCAAGAUCAGUGGCCUUAACUUCAGAAUAUCUGCUUCCUCCAGCCAGCAGGCCUCACAGGAAGCCGUCCUGGUGGCCGUUCGACCUUUCUCCAGGCACCGUGGCCUUCGCUCUGGUCUGGCCCUUCAUCGCACAGUGGAUCAUUCGCCUGUAUUUUCAGAGGCGGAGAAGAAAACAGCGCUGAGGAGCCUGUGUGUGGUUAAAGAGGCCGGCGUCCUCUGUUGCAUCCAGUCUUUCUAACUCUUGCUUUUGCACUACGAUGAAGACGCUGAGAUUUAGUGAGCAUCGAAACAAACUGAUAGAUGAAUGUGUGCAGCUUCUAAAGGCUUUUUGUACUUUUUCGUUUUGUCUAAUAAGAUAAGUGCUAAGAUUUGCAUUUACACUGCUUGGUUUGACAAAUGAGAAGUGUAAUGAUGUAGUAACAAGAAAUUCUACAUUGUAUUAUUAUUAUUAAUUUUUUUUUUCAUAUUGAAAUCUAACAGGGCAUUACGAUAACCCAUGAAUACGGCGCCCGACGUUGUAGAACUAGACGUGUGGCUCGUUCUGCUUCACCAUAAAGCUGCUAAUAGGCAUGGAUUCUGUAGGAAUUGUGUAGAAUUUUACUGUAUAAUCGAGUUAAUGUUUGUCGAGUAACAUUCUGAGUUGGCUUUUGAUCCCUGUCUGGAAAUCAGGAAGAGUUUGUGGCAUUGUGAGUUGAUGGAUGAUGUCAGAUAGAUAAAUAACCAAAGCCAUAAUCAUGAAACGGUGCACUGAUGUAGAAACAGAACCACAGCUAAGUCAUUUAACGAGGAGCGUUCUUCACUGGGGUAGCGAUAUCAAGGGUAACUGUAGUGCAGCUUACCGACCAAUUGAAAUAGUGGCAUUCCGUCCAAUCAGAUCCUCUGUUGUGCUUUCUCCAGGUUAAUGCGCACUUAUAUUAAUGAUUUCAUUAUUUAACGAAAGGCAGCUGAAGAGAUGAUAAAAGGUAAGAAGAUCCCCUUUUGGCUGCAAUUAUCACUAUAAAGCACCACACAGAAUCUAACAAACGUAUGUAACUGAACCUAGUCAUAUUGUAGUGGUCGAAUAUCUGGAAUCAUGAAUAGCGUACCUGUCAUUCCAGGUGCAAUAAUUAGACCUUAUGGAGCACUAAAGCUUGUUAAAAGCUACACUACAUCCACAUUUCAGGUAAAAGAGGCACACUAAAGGAACACAUGCCGUAUGUACCCUCGACGGUGCCGCCCCAGCUACAGGGUGAAGCAGAGUUUGGUGUAGAGUGUAGAAAGGAAACGUGAAGAAGAAGAAGAAAAUAAGUAAAACGUCGACUUGGAAGUGUGUAACGGUUCCAGAUUAUAUUUGCACAAACACAAUUCUGGAGAAUCAUCGAACGUUAAAAUCUGAAUCAUGUUUCACACUUGGCAUAUUUUUCCUGAACACUUUAUAUGUAGUGGGAAGCCGAGGAAAAGCACAAAGCGAUGGUUUUUGGUUUGUUUUUCUUUUCUUUUUAAAAAACCUCAGCCAAUCGGAGUGCUGGGGAAAAAUCUGUGAGCAAAUUUCUCACAAUGUGUUUAAUAGAAAAUGGUUCACUAUCCUAAUACGUCUUCUGCAUCCAAAGCUACACCACCGGUUACAUCAAACUUUAUUAACUAGGUUAGUUAGCCAAUACUAGCUAGGCGUAGUGAUGUUAUGGUUACAUAACAGUCCCUUUUUUAAAUAUUAGAACAAAAGUCAAUGUAACACGCUCAGAAAAUAGCUCUCUGCCCUCUUCCACAUACUUAAGCUCAGACUCAUGUGAUUGGCUGAUUGACAGAGUAAGCUCCUCCCACCUGGAUACCCAGAUACAUGGUUGUGGCAUCAUCCAGAUCAUCAGCUGGAUGAAGUAACGUUAAUGUUUUCCGUUUCAACACCACUUUAUUUCUUUCGAUGUAAAUGCCGAGCGUCCUUCUGAAAGCAUGUUCAUAUUCAGCAUGAAGAUCAAGCAGUGCAUUCUGGGGGGAUUUUUAAAAGUUAAUGUGAAAAUGUCGUCGUCUAGAACACGGAGCGUGUGAUUCUGACGCAAUGGUAAUCGUCAUCUGUCGUGUAAAAGAUUCCCAAAAGCUGUGUGAAUUAGGGCUGUACGUUUCAUAUAAACACAAUAUGCAGGAUAUCUUUAUUAUAAUUAAAAAGUCAUGCAAUAAUUGUUCGGAUUAGAAAAAGUUUUGAAUCUGUUAUACUUUACACUGUUUUGUUUUUGUCUGUGUGAAGCAUUCUGAUUUAUUGUACAUACAAAUUCUAGCCGCUUUUCCUUUUCUCACGUUUGCGUUAGAAUUGAACUGAAUCGAAUGCACUUCUGUUCAGAUUUAUCCUUCCAACCCUGUGUUUUUCCUUUCCUCUUAGUGUAAAUUGUUAAAUAGUGUUAAUAGCUAUAAUAUGUGUAUAUUAGAAACAGACUUAUACCAUAUAUAAAUAAAUAAAUGAACGGAAAUCGCUAUUUUAAUUGUAACAUACUGUAAUGUAGCAUCGGCUUCUUGGGAACGGUGAUUAGACGACGAUGUAAUUACGAAAGCUGCGUUUUAUUAGAGAUGAUAUCUUUCUAUCGAUGACCACUCUUGUUUCCGAGGAGCAUCGGUGCACGUUCUUACUGUUCAUCCGAAGCACGAAUAAAAUUUUCGAGAGCUUUUGGAGUUGGUUU